CACCAUUCUCCUGAAAGCUGCAAUCAAACCCGGAUUAUACUAAUAGCCCUGUCAUGGGGAAAGCCGAAUGAAGAGUGAAUGAAGGAUGAUAUUCGGAGAUAGGAGCCAUCGUGACGCGAUGCGUGUAAACAUACCCCGCGCUACUAUCUAAGCUAGCCCUGGCACGCCGCAUAGGUGUGAAAUGGAAUGAACAGAACGACUUCAUCAAACAGCAAGACUUCUAGGGACACGGGCCAAACUCCAUUGGCCCCGUCGUCACUCAUCAUGCGCUUCUCGGGAAGUGGCUGUCAGCCGUGCAGGCACGCUCGAAAGAAGUGCGAUAAGACCAAACCGAUCUGCCUGCGAUGCGUGAGAAACGGGAGGACAUGCUAUGGUUAUCGACAGGCCUUUUCCGUCAUGCAUGACGAGAACAUUUAUGCAAGUCGACACCAAAAGCGACCCCAAGGACCCCGAGCAAACGCAAAAUCUGCGGCCAGCCUCACCAGUACUUCCUUGUCCCGUGACCUGCACUCAGAGGCGGUAGCUUACUUCAUUCAUUGUCAUCUGGACCCGACAACUAGCAAGCUGCUUAGGAUAGGGCCCCCAACAGAGGCCUUGCUGUCAAACUGGAAUUCCAGUCCAGUGCUGGAGCUUGCCGCGUCGUCGACUGCUCUAGCACUUUUCUCAAGGACCAAAAAGUACUCGCCUGCGGCAAAAUUAGCAUUUGAUAGCUACCAGAAGUCUCUGAUAGCUCUACGAACGGCUCUCUCCGAUCCAGAACACAUUGAUAUCGACGCAUGUUUGCUAGCAGUCUGCUUGUUGGGACGAUAUGAAGACGCAGUCUUCACUUUUGACCAGAACAUCGGCAUACCAUUUGAAGAAAGUAUGCAGAAUCGAAAGCAUCUCACCGGCGCUAUUGCCUUACUGGAGUACUGGGUGAACUAUCCUAGUGGCACCAAAGUACCAACCGACGCCAUCAAAUAUGCCAGACGGACUCUGAGGAAAGCAGCAACCUUUGGCCAUAUUGAUCUCCCUGACUGGCUGAGUGAUGGAGACUUGUUCGGCGAGCAAGGACUUAUUCAGGACUUGGAUCGCAUACUUUUUCGAGUCAUCAACGUCCGUAGCCAGCUCAUGCCCUUUUCAAAAUGGCAGUUUGGAUCGCAGCGGAUUUGUCUUGAGAGUAUGUCAACUCUCCGGACGAUCCAACAAGAACUAAGCGCAAUCGACACGGCACUGGUUGAAUGUAGAGCUGGACGUGCAGAUAUUUCGGCUUGCACACAGCAUACGUUGGCAGCCCAUCGCGUCUACUCCAAACACCAUUUCUUGCAAUCCCGUGUGUACAGCCACCAGAGUUAUGCGAAAGCCGCAUAUUGUGCCCAUUACUACGGGUACAGAAUACUGGUUAACCAUUUGCUCAUAUGUACCCUCAGACUACUGGCAAAAUAUUCGCCUUUCAAGCCACGCAACCCUUUAGUUGAGUGUCAGCGUACCAUUAACUAUCUGGCUGGGGAGUUGAUAUCAAUCAUGCCCUUCGGCCUCGAUAGAUUCAAAAUAUCGGAUUAUCCUGGCUUAUUUGGCGACCAUAUUACCAUCAAGUCAGACGAGGAUAGGAGACUUUAUGUGGCAGAGCUUAUGGCUUUUCCUCUGCUCAUUACUUCCAUAUCUGACAGUAUCGGGUUAGAGUAUACUGACUGGUUCAGAUCCCAACUGGCAGAUACAGGGCGUCUCCUCGGCUAUGGAGUCAUGGAAUCAGUCACAAGCAGCUCUUGGCCAAUACAUAAAUAUUCAAGAGGGAGUUCAAGGUGAUAUCUUAGACGUCGUGAUGCAAUUCCAAGCACGAAACUCUUCUUGUGGACAAUGUUGAUUAGCACUGCGGCAGGUAUACGCAGGCAGGAAUGCAGAAAGACCAGUUACAGAACAAUGAAUGGUGGAGGAUGAUGACGGAGUGAAAUUAUAUAACAGAGGGAAAAGAAGUUCAAGAAUUCAAAAGUGAGGCAGGUAAAGAGAGGUCGUUGUAUAUUCGUGGCAGGGAUAUAUCUUUUGAGCUCUGCAAAAAGUGCUUUAAUGACAUUUAUAUCUGGUCAAUAAGGCGGCGAGUAUAAUAGCUUUAGUUCGGCAUCGAAGCAUG